AUGGAUCCUGAUCCUUUAGUGAACGGCCCUUUCGAUUCGGAGGAUGAUCUGAAUGAAGCUAUGACGCGAAAAUACGUUUCUAAUGGAGGUCCACGUUUGAGAGCGGAAUACUUUCGCCGUUGCUUUCCCCUCAUUUUGAGGGGCCAUGAGUCGACCUUUACUCAUGGCGAUGUUCAACGGAAGAACAUAGUCAUCUGCGAUGAAGACCAUGCCGGCCAUGAAGCUCCUUCCAUCGUGAUCAUUGAUUGGGAAAACGCUGGGUGGUAUCCAGCAUAUUGGGAAUAUUGCAUGGCGGUUUGCGCUUUAAGAUGGGAUGAUAACUGGUGCCUGUGGAUCGACAGUUUUCUGGAGACAUUUGUCCCUGAAGCUGCAUGGUUCCAGUCACUGCGACUAGAGUUAUGGCCGUAG